CUUGAGUUUCCGUGUUUAGCUAUCUUCUCUGGAAUUUACCCAGAACUUCUUCCGCCUUGUCCGAUUCUGCUUCACCUCUGCGCAUUCCUUGUCUGAUCCUCGCAGGAAACUCUACUGUCGUAAGUCUGUCUUUUACCAAAAUGUCGUUGAUUUUCCAUACGACUUUCGUUUUAUUUUCACGAUCUACGCCGAUAUCGACCAUUGAGUCUACGAUUUCUCUAUUACAAUGGAUUUAAGAAAACAAUUCUGACGAAUGGGAUUAGAUUCUUACAAAUAUACCUGCAAUUGCAUUGUUCCACCCUUUCUUUUGUGAUUUUUUCAACUACUGUUUAAUAAAAGGUUCAGCUCAAAUUUGUGAGAUCAGAAACUUGUUCAUGUGCCAGUUUUCAAAAAUCGUGGCUUUUUAGUCCUGAGGGUUUAUAUGUGAAGCUAAACUAUGUUAUUCAUUGUGAAAGUUUUUUCUAACAUAACUUUUGAUGUUCACAGAGCAAUAGGUUGAUGGGUUCUGCAGCCAGACAGCCUCUCUUCUCAUUUGGUGUUAUUGCUGAUGUUCAGUAUGCUGAUAUUUCUGAUGGCCGCUCUUUUUUAGGUGUUCCUAGGUAUUACAGAAACAGCAUCCUUGUCCUUCAAAGAGCUGUUGAAACUUGGAACCAACAUGGUAACCUCAAAUUUGUUAUUAACAUGGGUGACAUUGUUGAUGGCUUUUGUCCCAAAGAUCAAUCCUUGGCUGCCACUAAGAAACUAGUCCAUGAAUUCGAGAAAUUCAACGGUCCUGUGUAUCAUAUGAUUGGUAAUCACUGCCUCUACAAUCUCCCCCGCGAAGAGUUGCUUCCGUUGCUGAAGAUCCCAGGUCGUGAUGGCAAUGCUUAUUAUGAUUUCUCACCAACCCCGGAGUAUAGAGUUGUGGUGUUAGAUGGUUAUGACAUCAGUGCUGUUGGAUGGCCUCAGGAACAUCCUAAUACUAUCGCUGCAUUGAAAAUACUUGAAGAAAAGAACCCAAACACAGACAAAAACAGCCCCGCAGGGCUUGAGGAUGUUGCAAGGAGAUUUGUGAAGUAUAAUGGUGGUGUUGGGGAGAAACAGCUGCAAUGGCUAGACAGUGUUCUUCAGGAUGCAUCGAAUUCAAACCAGAGAGUUAUCGUAUGUGGGCAUGUGCCUAUGAGCCCUGGUGUGGCAUCCAAAGCAGCUUUGUUAUGGAAUUUUGAUGAAGUGAUGAACAUUAUACACAAGUAUGACUCUGUUAAAGUUUGUUUGUCCGGACAUGAUCAUAAAGGAGGAUACUUUGUUGAUUCUCAUGGGGUUCACCAUAGAUCCUUGGAAGCUGCCUUGGAGUGUCCCCCAGGUACGUAUUCGUUUGGAUAUAUCGAUGUAUAUGAUAACAAGCUGUCUCUUGUUGGUACUGAUCGGAUGCAAAGCACCGAUUUUGAGAACUAGAGUUUUCCUGAAUGAUCAAUUAUUUGAAAUGCAGAGUUUGUAAUCACAACCAUAUUUCUAUGUAUUUGGUGCUUUGUGAAUAAGAUGAUUAUAAGUUUCAGUUGAUUGGAUUACUAGUUAUUUGUAUGAACUUCCAUAUGUUCUUAACAAGGAAUCUAUAUCAGAUGGAUCUGUU